UUAAUUUUUUCUUUCUAUUAUUUCCAAAUAUGAUAUCAAGUUUCGAUAUAGAAUCCUAUCUAACAAGACUGAGUGAUUGAACAUUUAAAAACUUAAAUGAAAUAUUACAUAGUAGAUUUAUUAUCAUUUACUAAAUAGAAUAUAAUAUUCAUGUUGUUAUCUAUAUUUGUGUUAUAAUGAAAUUGAACAAAUUCGAAAAGAUUCGUACAAAUUGUUAAGAAAUAAUAUUUAAUUACCUAAGAUCUGAUUAUAUAUAACCUUACUUAGGAUUUAAUAAAUUAUAAAAGAAUUAUGAACUGUGUUAAUUAAAGAAUAAUUAAAUCAAAAAACAGUAUCUGUGGAUAAUCAAAAGUUGACCAUGAUUUGUUCGAGCAGCAUACUAGCACAUUUAGUGAAACUCUUUGUGACACUUUGUUGUAUGAAAACUCUCAAUAAUACAUAUGAUAAAACAAGUAUCUGGUCCUUUCGUGCCUUUCAAAUUCUACUUUCACAUGCCAUAGUAGGAACAUUCAGAUUUGGAGUUCCACUUUUUACAUCAGGAACUAAUAUAAUAAAAUACUUAAGAAUCUUUUAUGAUUGGUACUCUAAGAUAGUGGAUGUUAUACCAUUGGCAUUGUUUACUGGUGGUAUCCUACAAGGAUAUGGGAUUAGUGAAAAAGUCCGACUUAUAAUACUUUCAUUGGGCAUUUUGCCAGUAUUUUUUCAUUUACAACCAAAGCGAAAAGAAAACCAAAUGAGAAGGCAUCAAUUAUUAAUAAAUAUUAUUACUACUCUGCAAUUAUUAAUGAUUAUGUUGAUUGGUUUGAGAAACAAUAAUUACAAUGUUAUUAGUUUAGUUAUGUCGUAUAUAUUUGAACGUUUUUUUAUUGAUGAAUUUUGUUAUUAUUAUGAUAUUCCAAGUACUGAUCUAACUCAAUAUUCUCUCUGUUUUGUAGAAAUUUUUAUGGUUUUGACAUUGAAUGAAAUGUGAUAAGAAUAUAUAUAUGAUAACAUAAGAAUAUAAAAUGAUAAGAAUAUAAUAUUAUACCUUUUAUGCUAGGUUCGUAAUGAUGCUAAUAAAUAGCUGAAGAGCAGAUCAAACGAUUACAGGUUUGUUCAUUUAGUUUUUGGAUAAUUUAAUUUUUACAUAUUUUUACAUAUCUCUUUUUGUAAAAAUAUCUGGAAAAUAUUUAUUUAUAGCCAUAUAUUUAAUAAUAAAAAAUAUUAUAAUAAAAAAUGUCAAUAUUGAUAAAAAAGAAUUUUUAUACGAAAAACAAAUAUAAUAAAACAAUGAACAAUUAAUAUUUAUUA